GGCAGUUGUCCCGCUGAGUCCGUUGCGCCGUUAACGCCAGCCGGCGCGACCAGAGGAUGAAUAAUCUCCUCAGGACACUCACCGAGAGCCAGGUCAAGCCCUCGUCUGACCUUAGGCUACUUCUGAGUGCUGUCAAGGACGCACGCCGUCAAAGCUUCGAUGCCAAGGUAUCCGAACCAUUCUAUGAUUCCCUUGAGGGACUGCUUCAUGAUCUGCGUACAGUGACUAUGGAUAAUCACGACGCGGAGGCAUUCCUCAAGCCAGUUGCAAAAUCUGAUGUUCCCGACUACUACGAUGUGAUCGUAAACCCCAUGGACCUUCAAACCAUGCUCAAGAAGGUCAAAUCAAAGCAGUACAAGUCCAAGCGCGAGUUUGCAGAUGAUCUAGAUCUGAUAUGGUCAAACUGUUUCACCUACAAUGCGACUGAGGACCACCCACUCCGUCAGUGCGCAAUGCGCCUCAAGAAGAAAGCCGAUAGACUACUGAAGAAUAUCACUGACCGCAAAGAACGAAUCGACCCUCCCCUACCUGCUGCUCUAUCCCAGCCUCCACAUUCCGCUUCUCCCGUCGCCAUGAGACCUAACGCAACGGCACGGCCCAAGAUUAACGGCACGGCAUACACACACAGACGAUCUCCGUCAUUGACAGUACCACAAUCCUCAAAGCAACGUAUGGAUCUCCCCUUUGCCGAUUCCCCUGCGCUUGAACGUACGCCGUACGGUAUGGCUGCGUUCCGUACACUUGAGUCAGAAGCUGGUCCAUCAAGCAUCCCCAAUGGGUACAGUUCAUCUGCUUCUACAAACGAUUAUGACAGCGAAGUAGACGAAGCAUUAAUGUCAAUAGAUAACGACUCGGGGGAGAAACGCAAGCUAAACGGUUCAUCUUAUCAUCCUCGUAAACGCGUACGUCUCAUCCCUGCUCCCUUUGCGCCUCUUCCCACGGCAAACGACCCGAACUCGACCUGGUGGUCCUCUGUUCAAUCUGACUCAUUUCUCGCCAAUGGACUUCCAGCCCUUCCCCAGCCUUUUGCUGCAUCGACCCUCUAUCCGCAAUCCCAGCCCACAGCGUCCUCAUCACAAUUUACAAGGCCCCGCAAGCGACGGAAACUUCGCCCCCAGUCCAUAGCAAAGUACAAGGACAGAGAUACUCCCGCGCCCAACACCCUCCUCAGUAUUAUGAACACGAACAUUAAAACUCUCAAACGGGUCCGACGUACGCAUGCAAAGUUUGCCGCGCUCAACCUUAACGCAGAAGAAGGUGGUAUGGGGGAUGAGCCGCCAGAUAUAGGGGAAGAAGGCAUGGUUGACGAGGUUAUAGAUGAGCGGCCGUGGCGAUCGAGAUAUGCUGGUCUUAGACAAGUGAAGGGACCAGUUGAACUAGAAGUUGGUGAGAAGAACGCGGACGGAUGUCUAAAAUGGAUGAAUCGAAAGGUGUUGGAGCAUGAAGGAUUUCAAGGGACAUCGGGCGCUGCACUGGAUGUGUUGGUAGGGGUAACGUCCGAGUAUUUUCUUAAUGUCGGUCGAACGCUACGAUUUAUGUGCGACAAGUAUGCGAAGAGCAUGACGCCAGAGGAAAUCAUCCUGCAUACACUCUUCGAGAGUGGAGUCACGAGAAUCCAAGAUCUCGAGCGGUACAUCAAGGACGAUGUCGUCCGGCACGGUUCACGCCUUGUUGACCUCGAGAAAAAGCUUGUUGGAGCAUACCGCGAAGCUACACAAGUAGAAGUUCUCGACGACGAUGCGCUGUUUGCUGGUGAAGACGACGAAGAGGACGAAAGUGCCUUUGUCAUGGGUGGGUUUUCUGACUCACUUGGUGAUGACUUUCUUGGGUUACGGGAGCUUGGCAUUGCUGCCGAAUUGGGGUUAUCGAGUCUCACUAUCCCAAAGAAGCUACUCAAAGGGAAAUCAAGGGGAGCAGCAGGGGCCGCUAUCGAAGCAAAACCAAAAGAACCACCACCGCCAUAUCCACCACCACCUCCCUUACUUCCUAUCACGAGCAAGAAUGUGGGCGACCAGAUUGGGUUAUUGCGUCACUACUUUCAAGUGCGGCUUGCAUCGCUCGCACCUCCUGGCACCCUCCAAGGUCUUCCUUAUCUCCCACCGGGCCCUCAAUUUGGCUUCCUUCCUCAUCCUGGCGUUCUACCAUUACCUUAUGUACCAAGUUCGUCAGGGGAUUUCGCACGCAUCAUCACGAUCCCAGACGAUGCACCCGCACCUGCACAGGCAAAGCUUGGACCCUUGGGUCAGGUACUCAAGACAGGCGCUGCUGCAGGGGCUGUCAAGAAGAAGAACAAAGCGAAGGAGCCAGGGCCGAUGUCAGGGCCUGGUAUGUCGGAUGCCGUUCCAGUGGAACCGAUGCGUGCAUUCAAUGGGCUUGGGCCGGAGGGAAAAGAUGUUGGCGGAACUGGAGCUGGCAAUGGUGGCACUAAUGGGUUGAGUGGAGGGAGCAGUGCAGCAUGGAGUGGAGGGACCUUAGGUAUGGCGGGAGGAAGCAAGAAGAAACCGAGUCCACAAGGGCAGGGCAGGGCGAUGGAGCUUCCGCCUGUCAUUGCUGCGAGCGCGUGAGAGAGGGUCGUGCUAUUACAUACAUACUUACACUUUAUAUUCGCAUGGUCAUUAGCAUUGCUGUCCGUACUGUGCAUUUGUGGAUCAUACACUAUACCUGUAGCAUUAUUCUAUGUAUUGAACUGGACGUUGGAUUCGUGUGUGGGUCCUGGAACGUUACCUAGUAUAGCUACAACGUGUCGUGAAUCGUCCGUGAAUUCGAAGCUGAGAAUUUCGUUCAACCUAGAAGUUAUAUCAUCGGAUAGUACGCCAAGAGGUAUGCACUGCGCAUCGAUAACUUGACUCAUACGCCUAUGUCACAUUUCUGG